GAGCUCGCUGACGAAAGUUGGUGGUCAAAAAGAAGGAAAAAUUCCUUUGGCUUAACAUUUUGCUGUCAACAGAUUAAAACUAGUUUGGGACUGUAGCUUUCAAUUGGCUAGAUUAGUCAAAGUUUAUUCUGCAAGUUUUGACAAGACUACUUGUGUUAUUUCUCGCGUGACUCACGCAAAGUCUCGCAAAUCCUCGUGAGAACGCUUCUCCGACAGCUAAACAACAACAACAUCUACUGUGUCUCUUUCUCAUGGCUUCGGCGUUUCACUAGUUCGAAGAUAAUGUUUUACCCUUGAAAACGGUGUCUAUGCAGCCUGGAGAUGUAGGAGGAGGGUGUCACUUGAUUGUAACCUGGCCACUAACCGCCAAGAUGACAACACACGGCUCUCUUAUUUUUGCACACAGUCCGCUUUCUGUUUGGGUGUCGGGUGCAAUUUGUCGAGCGGAGUCCUGUUAAGAUGAGAGAAAUUCCUGUUCACUCCUGCUAAAUUCUGUGUGCAAAAUCUAACCAUAAACUGGGCUAACAUCUCGCUACAGCACUUGGAAUUAUUUUCUUCGACAAUUGUUGUGCUAACAGCCAUUGUGACUCAAAAUGGGAGACGUUACUCUGGAAAGACAUGCCGCCUGCUGUGCAUGGUCUCACUGACGGCCUCCUUCUUUCUGGUGGAGAUCAUCGUUGGUUAUAUCACCAACUCCAUUGCUUUGGUAGCUGACUCCUUCCACAUGUUAUCUGACGUUGUCUCACUCAUUGUAGCCUUUGCUGCAGUCCGGAUAGCCAAGUGGAGCACCUCUAAAAACACGUUCGGCUGGGCACGUGCAGAGGUACUGGGAGCGCUGGUCAAUGCUGUCUUUCUUUUAGCACUGUGCUUCUCUAUUCUGGUGGAAUCUCUCAAACGAUUGGUGGAGCCUGAGAAGAUUGAAGACCCUAAGCUGUUACUGAUUGUUGGAGCUGUGGGUUUACUAGUGAAUGUUCUUGGGCUUUUUCUGUUUGGAAGCCACGGUCAUUCCCACGGGGGAGGGGCACAUUCCCAUGGGGCAGAGGCAGAGGCCCUAGUUGCAGAGAACCCUCCUCCGCAUAGAACCUCUGAGGGCAGCAUUGUCGUGGAAAUAGAGGAGGGGCAUCAUGGCCACUCUCACACCAAAGGGGGAAAGGCCGCAUCUGGAUCCCAGCUGAACAUGAGGGGUGCAUUCCUCCACAUCCUGGGUGACGCCCUGGGCUCUGUGGUCGUCAUCAUCAGUGCCUUAGUCAUCUGGUUUGCUAAGGGAGACUGGAAGUAUUACGUCGACCCUGGCAUGAGCAUUGCCAUGGUUAUCAUCAUUCUCUGCACCACGAUUCCACUGUUAAAAGAAUCCUCCUACAUUUUACUACAAGCUGUGCCAAAUCACAUCCAAGUGCAGGACCUGGAGGGCAAGCUACACAAGAUUGAAGGUGUCCUGGCUGUUCAUGAAUUCCAUAUAUGGGCAUUAGCCGGCAAUAGGAUCAUAGCCUCUGCUCAUAUACGCUGUCGGAACUUACAUGAGUACAUGAUUCUGGCUGACAAGAUCAAGGAGAUGUUUCACCAUGAGGGUAUACAUUCCACGACCAUCCAGCCUGAGUUUGUGGAGGUUGAAGAGGCCCAGCUGGGACGAGACUGCAUGUUGGAAUGUGGACCAGACAGGCAGUGUUACCCCAAUACCUGCUGUGGGAAAAAGAUUUCCUCGGUAUCGAAUGGGAAGACCCCAUCUGACAGCUCCGUGCUCACUCAGAAGACAUCUGUGAAAUCACUGCAGCAAACCGAGUCUCAGGAAGCAGUGAAGAAAGAGUCGGAUGAGGUGGAGCUUAAGCAGCUGUGAGGACACAGCCUGGGUCAGAUUCUGGUAGGAUUUGUGUCAUGUCUCACUUAAGGCGCCAGGGAACAGACCUGCAUAUAGCACAUCCACAUUUCUCACGUACAGUGUAACAGUGCACUGGAUAGUGAUAUUUUGAAAUCAUUCCUGUGUGGUAAAGUAAGCAGACCAAGUCUAAUUGAGGAGCUGUAUCUCCUCAAGUUGUCCAAUUGAUCAGACAUCAUUAGCUUGCAUUUCUUUUUUGGUCACAUAUAAUGGUGACUUGAGAAAAUGUCAGUAGAGUAUUAAUACAUGUAUUAACGGAGCAAUGGAGCUGAUUACACAUGUGAAGGGACUGACUACACAACACAAGCCCACAGACAACACACCAUAAACCCACAGACCACACAACAUACAUCCACAGACCACACAACACAAACCCACAUACCACACAACACAAACCCACAGACCACACAAACCCCCAGACCACACAACACAUACCCACAGACCACACAACACAUACCCACAGACCACACAACACAAACAAAACAGCACAGACCACACAACACAUACCCACAGACCACACAACACAAACAAAACAGCACAGACCACACAACACAAACCCACAUACCACACAACACAAACCCACAUACCACACAACACAAACCCACAGACUACACAAACCCCCAGACCACACAAACCCCCAGACCACACAACACAUACCCACAGACCACACAACACAUACCCACAGACCACACAACACAAACAAAACAGCACAAACACAUAGACCACACAACACAUACCCACAGACCACACAACACAAGCCCACAGACCAGACAACACAUACCCACAGACCACACAACAUAUACCCACAGACCACACAACACAAACAAAACAGCACAAA